GUGUAAAUGGGAAACAUUGUGUUUGUGUGUGUGCGUGUGUGUGUGUGUGUGUGUGCUUGUAGAAAGCUUGAGGCAGCUGAGAUCUGCUAAGCGUGUUUCCAUGUCCCGGGGACUCAAACACUUCUUCCACUCUGCCAACAAGUUUGUGCGUCUGCUGCAGAGAGGUGCAUAUUUGGCCACUGUGUUCUACCACAAAGACAACAUCCUGGUUACAGCUGAAGAUCAGCUCCCACUGGUGGAGAUCCAGUGCUGCUCCACCUCCAUCACUCAAGACUUUCUGUGGUUUGCCAAGCUGUCGUGUGCAUGGCAGCAAGUGCCGUGGCUGCAGCAGUCCAUGUCUUCAUCACUCUCCUCCUCAUCCUCACUUUUACAGAACAGACACUGCAUUCUCAGAGCCAUCAGCCAGAUACAGGCCUCUCUGGGUUCUGUGGAUUUGGGACAGGUGUAUUUUGAGCCUCUGAAGGAUCGUCAUGGUAACGUGCUGCUGGUCACUCUAAAGGAGGUUGUGACCCCGCUGACUCCUGCUGACCCCCAACUGCACUGGAGUCCACUCAAACACCUGGAGACCCGAUGGAGCAGAGCCCACUUACUGCCAGAACCAACGGCCAUGGAUACAUUUACACAGCAGCUUAGGAAGAAGCUUGAGUAUCACAGGAACAGUGGGCAGAGAGCUCAGCCGGGUCUGUAUGUUGGCAUUGUGAAGCUGUGCAGUUCUGUGGAGCAGCUCAGGGUGGCAGUGCCCCAGCAUCUACCCAACCUGCUGCUGCACAGUCGAAUCCGCAACAACAAUCAUGUCUCACAGGAGGAGUGGAGCUGGAUACAGAAGCACUCAGUAGGCGGAGUCAGUGGGAGUGGCCAACUUGUGACUGAUGGUGGGGCUGAUUGUUUGAUUGACAGUUCUGGAGUGGAGGAGUUUGUAAGAGAUCUGAGGACUGCAGUUACACACCUGCUGACCAAACUCAACAUUCCAUUAUUCAGGGCGUAUCAGUAUCGUUUGUACACUCAGGAGUUGAUACAGGUGGGUGAUGAGGUGUCUUUCCUCCUGCUGCUUCCCCCCAGUGAGGAGUUCAGUUCCAGUUUAUGGCCAUUAGAGGGCGCUCAGGACGCCAGACUCACCAUGCCGCUUCACAUCUUUGAGCUGGUGCAUUUUUGGGUGUACAGUCGGGAGUUGCUGUGUCUGCACUGUGAGGCGUGGGUUAAGCUGGAGCUGGAUGUGUAUCUUUGCCAGCAGGCUUUACGAGAGGCACUGGACAGCAAGGAGGUCUCAGAGGCCAGAGACAGACUAGCACACAUCACACAGCUCUCUCAGAGUGUGGAGGCUGUGUGGCGUGAGCGGAGGUGGAUAAUGGACGUGAUGCAGUGUGUCCGCUCACGACAGCGUUUGGGGGCGGUGCCUCUACACCUCAUCAUGGGCUCACAGCCAAUCAAAAAAGAAGAGGAUGGAAGAUUACCCAUCUUCUUACAAACACAUACUCACACACUUGGCACAGGGGGCACUGUUUGCUCUUCAGAGGCCUUUUCUCACACAGCCACGCCACCAGUGGACAUCCCAGGGAUCACUGCAAGGGAACAGUCACACCAGUGCCUGCCCCCUCUAUCCUACUCAGACUGCACUGCCACCAGCCACAGCAUCCCCGACACCCGGCACCAAGAAAACCAACCCUGCAGCCACAGCAGCACCACCUUCCACCACAGCGGCAUCGGCAUCCACCACAUCCACUCCUGUCCAGAAUUCCCCACUUUUCCCUCGUCCUCCCUGUCCAUUUCAGUGGAGGAGGAGGAGGAGGAAAAGUGUGAUGAAGAACAGAAUCAUGGAGACAGAGCUGGGGAGUUAUUACAGGAUCUGGACCUUCAGGAGGAACAUAUUGAGAUAAUGUAUGAUCUGGAUUCAGCUGUAGUGAAAACAGACCACACCGAAACGUUUUAA